UAUUACCAAAUCCAUGAAGAGCCAGUCAUACCGCCUGGUAGUAACCUGCAACUUCUAACAUCCCUUCCUUCUUAUCCUAGAAGCCAAGUAAAAUUCCCAAUUUUUGUCAAACCACGGGAGGAGGACCCCGCAUGUAGUAAACCCAUUUUGGAGCCUCCGAGGCCUCACAAAUGGGAUCCAUGACACCUAUAGGACUUGCUACUGGUCAUUAACUCACGGGAUUAACUAGGUCAAGACAUAGGAAGGAGCUUGUUCAUUUCAUCUCACAUGCCACACGUUGAUUUCUCUAUAAAGUACUCAUAUACCUCCUCCAUCGAUGCGAACGGAGCAACUCUUCUCAACCAGCCAUCCACAUCAGAGAAAAUCUACGUUAAACUCACCCAAGAUGUCUCAGCAUACCAUAAUCCCAAUUGAUAAUAAUUGGACCUUCAAACAAGCGGACAAUGAAGAUUCCAAAUUCCUGCCUGUCGCACAAUUUCCUACGAAUGUUCAUUUAGACCUCAUUGCCAAUGGCAUCAUACAAGACCCUUUCAUGGGAAAAAAUGAGAACGACGUACAAUGGAUUGGUGAAUCUGUCUGGAUAUACAGAACAACGUUUUCAUCGCCCGCCAUACUAUCAGACGAUAAAGCUAGCGUCAAGGCAGUCCUGGCAUUUGAUGGAUUAGAUACAUAUGCCACUGUCCUGUUAAAUGGAAAAGAGAUCCUGAAGACGAACAAUAUGUUUAUACCAGAACGGAUUGACGUUACUUCUUACCUGAAAAAUGAGGGAGAGAAUGAGCUGAAAAUCACAUUUGAGAGCGCAUAUCUCAAAGGUUGUGCCAUAGUGGAGAAAUACCCGGAUCAUCAUUGGGGCUGCUGGAAUGGGGAUACUUCCAGACUUGCUGUUCGAAAAGCACAAUAUCACUGGGUAUGUAGAAAGCAACUGCUAUAUGGAAUUGCAACAUAGAUCAUUAACUUUGACUUCGUCCAGGGAUGGGAUUGGGGCCCAACACUCAUGACUUGCGGGCCUUGGCGACCAAUCAAUCUUGAACUUUUCACCUCCCGCAUUUCAGAUGUCUACUUCACAAGCAACGUGGAUAAAUCCCUGAAAACCGCAGAGCUCGUCGCAAAGGCGGAUGUUCAAGGCGAGAGCUCGCAAGUUAGGUUCGAUGUCACUCUGAACGGCGACCUUAUUGCAACUCAAACGGUCAACGCUGUUGAAGGCCAUGCUACUCAUGCCUUUAAAAUAGAGAAUCCGACACUCUGGUUUCCAAUCAGAUAUGGCAAACAGCCACUUUAUGAGCUUACCGCAACUCUACUUAAUAACAAUACAAGUAUAUCGACGCAGACCAAGAGAUUUGGCUUGCGCCGAGCAGAGCUAGUGCAAGAUUCUUUGACGGGCCAGCCAGGAACAUCAUUUUUCUUCAGGAUCAACAACGUUCCUAUCUUUUGUGGUGGUAGCGACUGGAUUCCUGCUGAUAACUUCAUUCCUCGGAUUAGCAAAGAGAAGUAUUAUGACUGGGUUAAGCUGGUGGCAGACGGAAAUCAGUUUAUGAUCCGAGUCUGGGGUGGUGGAAUAUUUGAAGAGCAAGCAUUUUAUGAUGCCUGUGACGAGUUGGGUAUUCUGGUAUGGCAGGAUUUCAUGUUCGGGUGUGGAAAUUAUCCUGCUUUCCCAGAAUUCCUUACUUCUGUGAAGAAGGAAGCCGAGGAGAACGUCAAACUUCUCCGACACCAUCCUUCCAUCGUUAUCUGGGCUGGUAAUAAUGAGGAUUACCAAUAUCAAGAAUCGGAAGGUCUCACAUACGACUUUGAAAAUAAAGACAGCGAGAGCUGGUUAAAGACCAACUUUCCAGCAAGAUACAUAUAUGAGAAAAUCUUGGUGGAUGCUUGUGCUGAAUUAAUUCCAGAUACAUACUAUCACUAUGGUAGUCCUUGGGGUGGAAAGAAAACUACGGAUCCUACCGUCGGUGAUUUGCAUCAAUGGAAUGUUUGGCAUGGCUCUCAAGAGAAAUAUCAAAAUUUCGACAAGCUCGUUGGACGAUUCGUCUCGGAAUUCGGCAUGGAAGCAUUUCCCAAUAUCAAAACCAUAGAGGCAUUUCUCCCGCUAGGAAAAGAUGAUCCCGACCGUUUCGCGCAGUCCUCUACUGUCGAUUUCCACAAUAAAGCAGAGGGACAUGAACGUCGUAUAGCCCUUUAUUUAGUUGAAAACUUUCGCUACGCGCCAGAUCCUCUCGAACAGUUUAUCUAUUCCACACAACUCAUGCAAGCCGAGUGUUUAGCUAGUGCCUAUCGUUUAUGGAAACGCCAAUGGAAAGGUCCAGGAAAAGAAUAUUGUGGAGGUGCCCUGGUCUGGCAGAUCAACGAUUGCUGGCCCGUAACAUCCUGGGCAAUCGUCGACUACUAUCUCCGACCAAAACACGCCUACUACACCGUCAAGCGCGAAAUGGCCCCCAUAUCCCUCGGCAUCACACGCAAAGAACAUAUCGUCCCAAAAGACAAAUACACGCGCGCACAUCUCAGUAAAACCACACAAAUUGAAAUCUGGGGCUCAAACCUAGGCCUCGAAGAUAUCACCGCCGACGUAGUAGUCAAAGCUUUCGACGUGAUAACGGGCCAAGAGACAUACUCCAAGACCAUAGCAUCUGCGCUCCUCCUUCCCGAAAACCGCUCUACCGAAAUCAUCGCCAUGGACGUGCCCGUGCAAAAACCAAACGCAGACCAGGAAUCCCGCACCGUCGUCGCAGCCUACCUCAUCCAAGCCGGUGUCCAAAUCGCCCGCUACAUCAACUGGCCUGAACCUCUCAAAUAUGUACACUUACAAAAACCGCAAAAUCUCCAAGCUACGCUAUCGAAAGAUGGAAAGACCGUAGAAAUCAGCAGCGAGGUACCCAUCAAGGGUCUAGCCCUUGAAUGCGAUGAUGAAAAUGUGAGGUUUGAGGAUAAUUUGGUGGAUAUUGUUCCUGGAGAGGUGGUUAAGCUGGCUGUUGGUGGUGCGAGCGAGGGGACGAAGAUUGGGGUUCGCUAUUUGGGCAUGCUUUAGAUGGGUUGGAGCUGUGGUUAGGUUGUUGUAGCUGUAGCUGUGGGUGUAGAUGUAGAUGUUUUCGUUUUUAUUUCGGAUUCGGAUUUGGAUUGGGAUUGGGAUUCGGAUUCUCGAUUAUAUCAUAUGAUGGUUUUAUGAUGCAUGCUAAGAUUAUUGUGAUGAUAGCUAACUAUGGUGACUUUUUUUUUAUCGAAAUGUAAGGAGAUCGAUCUUUUUACCUU